AAAGAUGCAGGCUGUAAAGAUUAUGAUUGCUUUGAUACCUCUAAUUCAACAUUACAAAUUUUAUGUGAUUUAGGAGUUUCUGGAAAGACAUACACUCAUAUUUCAGGAACCUGCUACAAUACAACAGUGAAUGUGCUAAAUUUCUAUCGGAACAGAUAGAUAAGAAAUCAUUUUGUGAAUUAUUAACAUCUAAUGGUAUUAAAUUCAAAGCAGACUUUUGUCCUCCAAAAUUAGCAGCCUGU